UGCUUUUUAGAUGAUGUCAUGCAAAGGCAAGACAGGAAACUGAUCUCACAUCACUGCUAGCUCUUGAUUCUUUUGAACUGUAGAACAGAUUGCGCAUAAAGGAAAGAGGCGCCCCCUCCCUCUCUGGGCGGGUGACUCUAAUCUCCAAUAAAAGUAGUCGCUUAUCCCCCCUCCACCAUCACCACCACCUUAAAAAAAAACUUUUUCUGUUGACUGUUGGAAACGAAUUGAGCAAUUAUCUAGUUUACCUUCUCCUCUUGGAAGUUAACGAUUGGCGAGAUCUUUACUGCGUUAUUGACACAACACAUCCCAUUGAGCAGGCCUGGUAGCAAUAAGUAGUGAUUGCUCCGGUGUCAUUGCUGCUCCAUGUAAUCUGUAAUGGAUUGGCACCUGUCCACUAGGCUGAUUCUGGUGGAUUUGUACAGCACAAUGAUGAUGAUGAUUGUCCCACUCCCUGCAGAUCAGUGACAAGGAGGGAAGGUGGCGUCUUGGGAAGAAGACAUCACUCAGCAGACAAGUGCGCACAAGACAUGGACCACAGUUUGCAGCACAGAGGAACUAAAAUCUUUACAAGCCAGGCAGCCAGAGAGCAUCUGACCACCAGAGUAAACAUGAUCAGCAGUUCCAAGCCACUUGCUUUCUCUAUUGAGAGAAUAAUGUCAAGAACUCCCGAGCCAUCAUGUCUCCCUGUACCAGGUUUACUACAGGGCUCUUUGCACAAGGGGGACCAGAAGCAAGCACUUCAUAUCAACUCCUCUUCCAUCCCCUGCAUGAUACCCUUUGUGCCAGUUACCUAUGAACAUUGUCCUAAAAUUGGAAUGACAGGAGAUGAGCUAAGAAAGAGUCACCAGGAAUCCUCAACCUCCUUCAGCUGUAAUGAGCUGCUCAACUGCGCUGUGACAUUUAAGGGAGACUUUGCCCGAGAUGCUUUUCCACUUCAGCAGUAUAAACUUGUCCGACCCCGCGUGGUAAAUCACUCUUCGUUUCAUGCCAUGGGGGCAGCUUUGUGUUAUUUUAAUAGAGGCGAUGCCCCCUGCCAUCCUUCUGCCAGUAUAAACAUCCACCCUGUUGCCUCCUAUUUCCUGGGCUCACCCUUUCACCAGCCGCAAAAAUCAUACUUAGCAGAGAGGAACAAACUGGUCGUCCCAUCCGUGGAGAAAUACCCAUCAGGUGUAACCUUCAAAGACCUGUCCCAAGCCCAGUUUCAGCACUACAUGAAGGAAAGCGCGCAGACACUCUCGGAAAAGAUCGCGUACAAAUCCGCAGCCAAAUUCAACAGCGCUUCUCCAAAUAACAAGCCCAAAGUUUUCACUUGUGAAGUUUGUGGAAAGGUAUUUAAUGCACAUUACAAUUUAACCCGACAUAUGCCAGUGCACACAGGCGCAAGACCGUUCGUUUGCAAGAUUUGCGGCAAAGGGUUCCGGCAGGCCAGUACUCUCUGCAGGCACAAGAUCAUCCACACACAGGAAAAGCCACAUAAAUGCAACCAGUGCGGGAAAGCGUUUAACAGAAGCUCCACGCUGAACACGCACACGAGGAUCCACGCAGGAUACAAACCCUUUGUCUGUGAAUUCUGUGGCAAAGGUUUCCAUCAGAAAGGCAAUUACAAGAACCACAAGCUCACUCACAGCGGGGAGAAGCAGUUCAAGUGCAAUAUCUGUAACAAGGCGUUCCACCAGGUCUACAAUCUGACCUUCCACAUGCACACUCACAACGACAAGAAGCCUUUCACCUGCCCCACCUGCGGCAAAGGAUUCUGCAGGAACUUCGACUUGAAGAAACAUGUGCGCAAGUUGCAUGAUGGCAGCACUGUGGGGCCACCCGUUCCAAGCCCAGCUGGGCAGGAGGAAAUGCUACAGCCUUCCAGGGAGCAGCCCCAGAGCCCCGAGCUACAGAAAGGCAUUUACUGACAGUAUUUACUGACAGUUACCUGUGGAAAGCGAAGUAGCUAUUUACGUUUUAUUUCACCCUCUCAUUAAAAAGCCAAAUCAUUUGCGGGAAUCUGGUGAACACCCAGGUUGGAAAGUUUGGCCUGAUCUUGGCAUUUUGGAUUGAGGUUGGUCCAGUAGUGCUUCGGAUUAAAUGUUUACGAUCUCUUGCUUGCUGUACUCGGGGUAAUUGGUUCACUCCGAGUUUUUGCAUGCAUCUAUUAAAUAUUAUUUGAGUAUUAUGCUCUAAUUAUCCAUUGACAAUUUGUUAUCGGACUAUUUUGUUGGUGUACUUUGUAAAGGUCUUUAUUGCUGUUAUCACAGCUUAAAAAAGAGGUGAAAUAUGAAUUCUGUAUAUCUGACGUAUUUAUUUGGAUAUGUAUGACCCCUUAAGGAAUGCUGCACCACUUUAUUAAUUCUAUUUAUUGUAAAUAUAUACAUACAUAAAAAAAUAUAUUUCCGUUGUGUCUGCCCAAUGCCCUUUCAAAUGCCUGUUUCUUUCUGCUCCCGUUGUCAGAGGUGUAGAAUAUCUUCUAUAUUGCUGGAGCGAUCUAAACGUAUGUAUGAGUUUAAUUGCACGUAAAAUAAAUGGUUUAA